CACAUUUCACUUGUUAAACAAAGGGUGACCCUCACACAUGUCUCACCCAAAGUAAAAAAAUUUCCAAUAAAACUCACUAUAUGUACCAUCUCUAUUCCAUAACAUGGAACUAGCUAGUGACCAGAAGAAAGCCUAAGCCACUUCUUUGACUACCCUUAGUUCUGUCUUUCUCUUUUUCUUGACGCCUAGUAGAUUUCCUUUUAUCCUUUCUAUACCGUUGGAAAAAAAAAAAAAAAGAUCUCUCACACACACAUAGAAAAAAAAACAAGAAGUCAACAAUGCUAAAGAGGCAAGAUUCUUUAGUGGCAUCAGGGAAAAGUGACCAUGUUAUUAAGUCUAGUGGUUGCAUGUCAGGCAUUAUUCAGCUUAUCUCCAAAUACCAAAACAAAACCAAACGCCUCAGCUCUGGAAGAAAGCAAUACGGUUCAUCACCAAGAAGAGCUUCUUCACCACCCAAAGUAAUAGUGGAACAUCACAAAAAUCACCUAAAGGUAGCAAGAAGCCCCAUAAUCCAACCAGACAACCAACGAACGGUGAAUAACUCGCUGGAAAAAGUUAAAAAAGAGCCGGCGCUCAUAGGGCUGGAGGAAAAUUACACUGCAUAUAUAAGAGCUAAUAGGGGGAAUGAGUCCAUAGAGCUGAAGAGAAGGAAGAUUUUACAAGCCUUGGAGAAGUGUAAUGAUGAUUUAGAGUCGAUCAGGAAGAUUAUAUACUCAGAAGAAAGGGUUAUCGCAAUGAGGAGAUCACCUUUGUGCAACUUCGCCAAAGCUAAAGAUAAUGGGCAUAUUACACAACAAAGGAAGCCAACGCAAAGAAUCGCGAGGCUGGGAGCAUAUGAACCAGUUGAUAUUUUUCAGAAAUUAACAAAUAAUGAACCAUUUCACAUGAAGUCAGUGGUUACAACUUCGCCACUAUGGUGCAGCAAAGCCAUGAUUCAAAGUGUAGAGGAAGUGUGCUAUGACAUUGCAUGGGGGCAACAGAGAGAGGCAGGGAGAAUAGGACUUGUCUUACAAGAUCACAUUUGCAGGGAAUUGAUUGAAGAGCUCAUCAAAGAAAUGGAUCUAGUUUGCUUGCGUUCUUUACUGUUUAUAGCAUGUAAGAAAAGACUUCUCUUCUAAAGUUUUAUUGCUUUUAUUACUGUUUUUUAUCCUUUUAUAUCACAUAUAUUGAAAUUAUUGAUCUUUAUUAUUACUUACAGUGACAUACUUUGAAAAGAUAUGUCGUAUUUAGUUGGCUUAAUGUUAUUCUGUUUUGCACAAUCUCUAUUAUUGGA